UCUGCAUUCUUAAAAGACUUUAGGCCCAAAACUUGCAACUUUUUGUACUUAUCAACUGAGUAUAUUUCUUUUUUAUACAAACACAUCGACUUUAUACUUUUAAUAAAUAAAAUAAUCACAUUGGCAAUGCCCAGCUUAAACAAAUACAAUAUUUGCACACUUUUCCCGGAGCGGAUGAAAGCGUCUUUUGACGUUAAUCGGUCAACCAAAUUGAGUUGAAAGUGAAACCCAAGUAAAAGUGAAACCUAUCUUGAAAUAACUUUUAUGUGGAGAAGCAUGUCACAGGAAUUCAAUAUUAUGGUUGUGCAUUAUUUAAAGCUUGCACUUUUUAAUUAUUUUACGUAGGUUCGUUAAAUUAAACUAUUAAUAAGAUUCAAAAUGAUAAACAUGUGCUUUCUUCAAACUGUCAACAACUUGAUAUCAAUGGAGCUAUUUAAACUCUUUUAAUCAGUUGACGAGUGUGAAAUUAAUUUUAUAGUGUUACAGCUAAAUGAUCAAUCAAAAAUUGUUCGUUUAACAUAAACAGUUUAACAUGAGUUGUUGAAAUAUAUGUGGGUUCUGUGGCCUGUAGUUCACUGCGGCUGUAGGAAAGAAGUCAGAGUGAAACAAUGGAAAAGACAGUAAAAAUUUGGGAUGAAGGACCUUCUGCUGACUACCAGAUGGAAUUGAACCCAUAUGACAGUUUUAUGAGAAAGCACUUGGAACACUAUGGCUACUAUACAGGGAGGAAUCAAAGAUUAGCUCCCCUGAUAGAUCCCCCAACAGUUCAGCAAGAUGACGAAGCUGAACUAGACUCAGGUCGUAACCAAGGUUUCCGUCACAAUUUUUCCUCCUAUGCAGAAUGGGAAAAGACAUACGGGUAUAACAUAAGUAGUGACAGUGGUAGUGAAAGUGAUAAUGAUGAUUCUGACUCAGAGAGCAAGAAAAAUGGAGAUAACAAAUUACAAGAAGAGUUAUUACGAACCACACAGCUGGUUUACAGCUAUCAAGAUGGCAAAGGCAUGGUACCAAAACUUAGAGAACCAAGGAGUUUGUUUGCAUUGUCUAAAGAACUUGGUCCACAACAAGCAGCUCGAUGGCCUUCAGAAAUUCAAGUGUUGAAUGAAAAAAUAAAACAUAUGUAUUAUAUUCCUCCCGAACCUGAGCCAUUCUAUAAACCAACUGGAGCAGAGAAAAUGCCAAUGGUAAGAGGAGAAGAAAAUGGUGGAAGACUGGUAUUUAUGUAUGAACCAAAGGCUUGUUUUUUUAUGAGAUCAAGAGUGAAUGGAUGUCGGACGGGACCAGAGAAAGUAACAUGUAACCUCAAAUCUCCUGAGGAUAAAACACUUCUGUUUGAUUCCAGAUUUGAAAGUGGAAAUCUUGCCAGGGCAGUUCAAACGUCUGAAACAGAUUAUGAAUGUUGGCUGAGAUAUGAUUUAUACACAACAAAAAAUACACAGUGGUUUUAUUUUAGAGUAGCAAACACAAGGCCUAAUGUAACAUAUAGAUUUACUAUAGUCAAUUUUAUGAAGCCUGACAGUUUAUAUAACUAUGGUAUGAGACCAUUAAUGUACAGUGAGAAGAAUGCUCAAGGCAAGAAGAUAGGAUGGAUUCGAUGUGGGGCAGAAAUUAAAUACUACAAAAAUAAUUUAAAGUAUCAGUCAGGUAGAGGAGAGAAGCCAUUCUAUUCAUUAACAUGGACUGUACAGUUUCCAAAUAGUCAUGACACAGUUUAUUUUGCACAUUGUUUUCCAUAUACAUACACAGAUUUACAGGAUUAUUUAUUAGACUGCUCAAAUGAUCCUAUAAAGUCAAAGAUAUGUAAACAGAGAGUCUUAUGUAGAACAUUAGCAGGAAAUCUAGUCUAUGUACUCACAAUUACCUCUCCUUCACAAGCACCAGAAGAUAUCAAGCACAAAAAGGCGGUUGUGAUAACUUCUCGUGUUCACCCUGGUGAAUGCAAUGCCAGUUGGAUGAUGAAAGGCUUCCUAGAUUAUCUUACAGGAAACUCUGCUGAUGCCAAGCUGCUGAGAGAUACAUUCAUAUUCAAAAUAGUGCCAAUGUUAAACCCAGAUGGGGUGAUUGUUGGAAAUUAUAGGUGUUCCUUAGCAGGGAGAGACUUAAAUAGAAACUAUAAAACUGUGUUGAAAGAUGCUUAUCCUUCUGUGUGGCAUACAAAAAAUAUGAUUAGAAGAUUACUUCAAGAAAGGGAGAUAAUAGUUUACUGUGAUUUACAUGGUCAUAGUAGAAAACAAAAUGUGUUCAUAUAUGGUUGUGAGAAUCGAUAUUCUCCAGACAAGAGGUUAAAAGAAAGGGUGUUUCCUAGUAUGCUCAAUAAAAAUGCACCUGAUAAGUUCCACUUUGAGUCGUGUAAGUUUAAGGUACAGAAGAGUAAGGAUGGAACAGGAAGGAUUGUCAUGUGGAAUAUGGGUAUCCUCAAUAGUUAUACAAUGGAGGCAACUUUCUGUGGGUCCACCAUGGGCAAGAUGAAGGGAUACCAUUUCAGUAUGUCAGAUUACGAAUCGCUAGGUUUCCAUUUCUGUGAUACAUUGUUAGACUACUGUGAUCCUGACAAAACAAAGGUUGGCAAUGUAAUGUUAGAAUUGGAGGAGAGAAUGAAGAGGGAUAUCAUGACCAGGUUACAGAGACAUGGUAUCACAGAUAUAAACAGUGCUGAUAUAGAUCUUAGUGAUGAAUACGAUUCCUCUCUAGAGUCCAGUGAUGGUGGUUCAGACAGUUCUGUUUCCGACGGUCCACCUGUACACUUACAGUUUCAAAGGAAUUAUCGAGGACAUAGGCCAUACUCCCAGCUAUCAUUAUAUCAGAGUUUUCCAGGACAUAGACCCUAUACCAGAUUGUCUAUGUUUGAGCCAUUUAAUAAAAAGAAGAAGAAGUUAAAGUCAAAGAAAGAGAGAGACAGAGUGAGAAGUUCUAAGGAUGAUACAAAAACAAAAGAAAGACCAGCAUCAUUUAAAAGUAAUAUUGAGGAUAAAGCAGAUGCUGAGGAUCAGUGUGAGAAGAAGAAUCUCAGUGGCCAUCAAAGUUCACAUGCAAAGCAAGACAAGGUUCCAAUGCAAGUUCCUCCUGAUGCCAAGAACGAAACAUCAGCAGCGACUUCUGGGAAUACUUCUAAUUCUCAAUCCCUCUAUCACUUCUACAAACAAAAGACUCAGUCCAUGCGGUAUAUGUCCAACUCAGCCAAUAAACGACCUAAAUCUUACGAAGUCAAUGGUGAAAAGACGGAAGACCAAAAGGGAAAAAGGGUGUUAAGAUCUCAUGCUACCUUGUCCUAUACGAAUGAGUAUUUAGAAGCAUUAACAAAUGCUUACCUGAGGAAUGGCUUCAUGAACCAAGGAGAAACGCCAACUCAGCCACACUUCCGCUACUCGGGAUCGGGAAAACUUUCAAAUGCAAUGCCAUUCCAAUGGGAAGGAUUGUGUCCGCAUCAUGAGCAAAAAGUUGCAGCCAGCAUCAUGGCUGCCCAGAUAUCGGACUCAGUCCAAAAUGGAGAUGCCGAUUGGCUACACAACGGUAUACGGGGUCAACCCAAGACCAUCAAACCCUUCCAACAAAAAAGUCAGGAUGAGAUAAUUGCUAAACUAUUAACGAUGCCUACAGUUGUAGGCAAUACGUUUGUACGUGUUUGGAAAGAGAGAAUACAGAGAUCUAAAAAUUUCAUUCCACCUCCACAUGGGAACGUAGAAGAAUAUGUACGAUCACAGAUAAAUCCACAGGCCAGUAUUUCCCCUAUCAGUCGGACACCAACACAACGUCACAUCUUGGAGGUAUCUGCUUCACAACAAAGACAGCAGGAACUACUUCAGCACAGACAUUGUGAAAACAAAUCAGGUAAUGCCAUACGUCAACACCCCUGUCCCUUUGAUGAAUGCACUAACAGAUUAACACCUGAUGAUGCCAAGACAGGCAGACAUCGAACUAGUGUUCCCUCAGCUACAUUUGUUAAUUAUGACACACCACCUUCAAAUACCAAUAUGAUAGAGAAGGCAAGAACUGACUCAAAAAUAGAACUAUUGUCACAUUGUGAGAACACAGAACCACAGACAAAUGACAUCCAGCCAGAAGAAAAUGGUGUUAACGAUGAAGCCAAAGAUGAAAGUAAGGAGAAACCAACUGGUAGGAAAAGUAGAAUGGGCAUGAGAGAAAGAGAAGAAACCCAUCCAUUAAGUGUCAGUCAUCCUGACUACCUUAUUAACCCUCACAAUAGGACAGGGAAGACUAGGGUACAGUCAGCUAAAGGGGAGAAAGAUGUAGAUAAUGCUGUAGAAAGUAUCAGAGAACUCCGACAGUCAUUGGUAUCCAAUGCUACACAACAGAAUCUUAGUCCUACCACUGGAGGGUAUAUUAAGAGAUUGAUGCAAGAAACAGAUAGGGACAUCAGAGAACUUACAGAUGAAAUUAAACAUGACAUAGAGGUGAAGAAGAAGAUGGCAGAAGACCAGGAUGAUGAAGAAGGGGAGAUAGAAAUACCUGUUGAACAUCAAUAUGUGACAGAUAAUUCAGUUCCUGAUCAGUUUAAUCCAAACCAGAAUGCUCAACCCAAUUCUGUAUUUGAUAGAAAUAAUUAUGUACAGAUAGAUGAACUUCCUCUGACAGAAACUUUACUGGGUAGAGGUUAUCCAGAACAAUGGAAAAAUUUUGCCACUCAGGAUAGUUCUACAAUGACAGAUUUUAAAAAGCCAAAUGGACGUAAAAAAGGAAUAGUUUCAAAUUAUCCAAUGAGUGAUCGGACUUACGAAAGGGGACCAAAAGGAUCAGGGGAUACAACUCCGGGCAAUGUAAAUAAUAAUAAUUUUAAUCGUAGAAUUCCUGAUGGUACAAUAGUGGAAUCAUACCAGAUUAGUGCUUUAGAUAGGACAAAUACCUACAAAGAUAUACAUAAUUCUAAUAAUAGUGCAAGUAGUAGACACUCCAAAUCUGGUGCUAAUUAUGAUCUACGACCAAUAUCAGAUAGAAACUUUCAAGAGCAGUUUCAUAGGAAGUUGAAGAAAGGAGAGUUAAGAGAGACUAAUAUAAUUCCUCCGUCUCCAAAGGAUAAUAAUAGAAGCAGUUGUAGUCAGUCAGUUCCACCAACUGUUUCUGAUAAAUAUUUUGAGCCAUCAAACAGAGUGAGAUCAGCCAAAGGUCCUCAGUCAAAACAGUUGGCUACAGUGUCAGCUGCAGAAAAUAGAAAUUUACUGAAAACAAAGGCUCUGCCGACAAAGAUACAACUGAUGAUAAGCCAGGACCAUCAGGAAGAAAAAUGUUUUGGAGGACAGUUUCUGCCACUAUCAAGAACUAUUAGAGGACCAUUUUACAGAGGUGGAACGAAGAAAAAAUGAUCUUUUAUAGUGCUGAAUUUUUAUUUAUAUGCCAUUUUUCUCGUUGCCAUGAAUUAAUUUAAGAUAGUUUUGGCAUAGACAAAAGUAAUGAAUUCCUGAUUCAGAUAUUGAAUGGAGAAAUCAUAAGAGUACAAAAGUCACUGUCUGAUGUGUGAGUUGUGUUAUAGUAACAAACUUAUCAAAAUAGGAAAAUUCAUUGGUUUUUGUUUCAAUCAUUAUUGAAGUCAAGAUAGAUUUAAUGAGUUCAUUCGUGUGAUAUUAGUCCAGGAUCCAUAUACAGUAUCUAUGCACAUUCUUCCGUCCAUUUUGUGUCUUGGUCCAUCCAUAUUAUUUAUUAUGCAGUAUUACUCAUUUUAUUCAGAAUGUGAUAUAAGUAAAAUACGAUGUAUGCUAGAUGUUUAUUUAAACUGUUUGUUAGAGGAGAUUUUAGUUGCAUUAAUGAUGGUUUUUAUAUUUUUUAUUUAAUUAGCACCUCUUAAUGAAAUAUGAUUGUAAACAGUGUUUUUUUAAAAUACCAGUUAGCAUCUCAUAAGAGGUAUGAUUGAUUUGCAUCAUGAUUUUUCCUAAGUAAUCUCCUUAAGCUUUCUGAAGGCAAAUUUGAUAAUUUCCAAAGACGAUUUAAAAUAUCUAUGCCAAGUGAAUUAAGACAAAUUAUAUGUUGUUAGAAUUACACUUCCAUAUAAGGACAUGGUAAAUAUUAAAGUCAGGGUUAGUAAAUUGUCUCAUGUAUGUCCAAAAAUGUAAAUGGAUUAUUAUUCCAGAUACUGAUUUAUUUUGUACAACAUUUGAGACAGAUAUUAUUUAUUUUUAUUGUCUUUUACAUGUGCCAAAUUUUCAUAUUUAUUAUCUUUUAUGAAUUUAACCAUUAGUUUUAAAUCUUUGUUGUGACUUAUAUUCUCCUUAAAUGUAAGAAAUCAAAUCAUCAAUGUUUAAAACUAACAUGUUCUAUGAAUAUGCAUGUACAUUAUAAACCUUACUAUGAAAGGUUAUCUCCCAAUGUGCUUUUAGCAAAUGAUUUAAAACUUUGCAUAUUUUAACAAAUUAUAAGUUAGAAUCUCUGUUGGCUACGAAUAUGUGACCAUUUGUAAAAUAUAGGUAGGUACAAGCUGUUUAUUUAUCAUGUUUCCACUUGUAUAUGACUUUUUAUUUAAUUUAAUUUAACUCGUGUAUGAAAAUUAUCUUUUUUUAUUUAUUUAUUUCGAAAUUAAAUAGCUGCCAUAUAAACUUUAAUCUCUGUUUCAUGUUUAAUUGUAUGUUAUGAUGUAGUGUCAGAGGAAAAAGUUAUUUUACCAAAUUUCACUGAUAAAUACUUUUUUUCAGUCAAUAUUACACUUUAAAUUUAUACUAACAAAAGGCAAAACACAGUUAAACUGAAUGUUUAAAACAAACAAAUUGUAUUAAUGAUUGAUUUGAUGAAAAUUUUACCUAUCUUAAACACUGCAACACAAAUGAGUUUAAUUUGUUUAUAAAUUCAUUUGUUUUGGGGUUUAUUUGAGAUGAUGAAUAUUUAUGAAAGCAUCACAAUUGUCAAAAUAUACACUAAAGGUGACCAAAACACCGUUUGGUUGCUGCUAAAACUUUACUUGAGGAAACAGGGUAAAUAUGUUCUCUUUUGCUUUGAUAUUUCAUUCAAAUGCUCAUUUGAUUGUGUCCAGUAAUGUAAAAUGUACUUUUUUACGAUGAAAUCAAUUGAGUAGUCAUUGCCAACUUUGACAGAAUUAACUUUCAGAAUGUUUAAGCUAGUGAAUUUUAGGUAUAUGUUUGAUGAAUUAAGAUAUUUUUAAGGUGAUUUUGAAAUCUUUCAAUAAUAACAUUCAGGAUUUGGAUGUACAACACCAUGUAAAACACUGCAUAAUUGCUAGUUAUUUAUUUUUGUUUAUACUUAUUGAAGAAUAUCUGCUGAUCUUAAUAAUUAUAUGACAUAAUAAAAUUGUUGAAAGAAA